UCCAUAGAAACGCGCCAGAAACGCCGCUGACCCCAGUCAGGUGUUCCCGGGAAAAGAGACUGGGUGAGGGGACUAGAGCGAAGGAAGUUUAGGGAAGUAAGUUGGGCCCUGAAGAGGUCGCUGCAGGCUCAGGAGAGACUCCUGCCCGCGUGUAGAUCCUGACAAGAAGUGAAUGAAGAAAAAGGAGGUCCCAGGACCUAAAUUGUGUCAUCUCUGGGCCACUUUUGACUGGUGACUAGAUUUCUAACUAGAAAUUUAGAGCAUAUCCAGAAGACACAAAGACAGAAUAUUUUAGUUGCUGGCCAUUUCUCAAAACAGAAGAAAAUGAUCAAUGCCCAGGAACCGCUGACACUGGAGGACGUGGCCGUGGACUUCACCUGGGAGGAGUGGCAGCUGCUGGCCCCCGCCCAGAAGGGCCUGUACUGGGACGUGAUGUUGGAGAACUACAGCAACCUGGUGUCAGUAGGGUAUGAAGCCAGCAAGCCAGAUGCUCUCUCCAGGCGGGAACGAGGGGAGGAACCGUGGGCGAAACAGGAGGAAGUCCACGGUGGAACUCGGCCGGAACCUAGCAAAGUUCAUAACCACAUGCAAGGUCACUGGGAAAGUCCAAGAAUGCUGAAAGGUAUGGAACAAAACCACAAAAGUGAUGCAUUUGGAAGUACUGUUCCUCAAAGCAAAAAUCAUUUUCCUUCCAGGCAAAAUCACAUGCUUGAGUUCUAUAUAAAAACUUUGAAAUCAAAUUUAAGUUUAGUCAACCAGAGCAAAAGCUAUGAAAUUAAAAACUCUACUAAAUUCAGUGGAGAUGUGAGGUUAUUUCUGCAUGAUAAGCAUGAAGAUUUUCAUUCAGCUGUUAAACUCCCUAUAAGUGCAAAACCUAUUAGCAGUAAGUCCCAAGUCAUUAAGCAUCAGAGAACUCAUGAAAUAGAAAAACCCCAUAUAUGCAGUGAAUGUGGAAAAGCCUUCAUUAAGAAGUCUCAGCUCACAGAUCAUCACAGAGUUCAUACAGGAGAGAAACCUUAUGGAUGCAAUAUUUGUGCAAAAGUGUUCUCCAGAAAGUCCAGGCUCAAUGAACAUCAGAGAAUUCAUAAAAGAGAGAAAUCCUUUCUAUGCAAUGAUUGUGGAAAAGUCUUCACCAUGAAGAGUCGUCUAAUUGAACACCAGCGAACUCACACUGGAGAGAAACCCUAUGUAUGCAGUGAAUGUGGAAAAGGUUUCCCAGGGAAGCGGAAUCUCAUUGUGCAUCAGCGAAAUCAUACUGGAGAGAAAUGCUACGUGUGCAGCGAAUGUGGAAAAGGCUUCACCGGGAAGAGCAUGCUUAUCAUACACCAGCGAACUCAUACUGGAGAGAAGCCCUACAUCUGCAGUGAAUGUGGGAAAGGCUUCACCACGAAGCACUAUGUCAUCGUACAUCAACGAAAUCACACAGGAGAGAAACCCUAUAUAUGCAACGAAUGUGGGAAAGCUUUCACGAUGAAGAGUAGACUAAUUGAACAUCAGCGAACCCACACAGGUGAGAAACCCUAUGUAUGCGAUGAAUGUGGCAAAGGCUUUCCCAGGAAGAGUAAUCUCAUCGUGCAUCAGAGAAAUCAUACAGUAGAGAAAUCCUAUGUAUGCAGUGAAUGUGGAAAAGGUUUCACCGUGAAGAGCAUGCUUAUCAUACACCAGCGAACUCAUACUGGAGAGAAACCCUACAUCUGCGGUGAAUGUGGGAAAGGCUUCCCCCUGAAGAGUCGGCUGGUCGUCCAUCAGCGAACACAUACUGGCGAGAAACCUUACAGAUGCAGUGAAUGUGGGAAAGGUUUCAUUGUGAAUAGUGGACUGAUGUUACAUCAGCGAACUCACACUGGAGAGAAACCCUAUAUAUGCAAUAAAUGUGGAAAAGGUUUUGCAUUUAAGAGCAAUCUUGUGGUACAUCAGCGAACUCAUACUGGAGAGAAACCCUUCACGUGCAGUGAAUGUGGAAAAGGCUUCACCAUGAAACGCUAUCUCAUUGUACAUCAACAAAUCCAUACAGGAGAGAAAUCCUACAUAUGCAGCGAAUGUGGGAAAGGCUUUGCUACGGAAACUGAGCUCAUUUUACAUCAGCAAAUUCAUACUGGAGAGAAACCUUAUGCAUGCAAUGAAUGUGGUAAAGGCUUCACUGUGAAAAGCCGACUAAUCGUUCAUCAGCGAACUCAUACAGGAGAGAAACCCUUUAUAUGUAGUGACUGUGGAAAAGGCUUCUCCUCAAAGAGAAAUCUUAUGGUACAUCAGAGAACUCAUAAUGGAAACAAACCCCAGGAUGGAUUCCGGGUGGACACUCUCUACAGUAAAGAAUCAGAUAUGAGUGUUCUACCAACCAGGCCCUCGGUCCCCUCCACUUCUUACCCUUUUGCGGAGCUACACAUACUGCCAUGGCAAGUCGGCCUCGGUCUGAGCCCAUCCCAGCCGUACGGACACCUGCCUUCCUCUAAGAUGGCCGCGUCCACGGUGCUCCCGCCUAACGACUGCGCUCGGCAGUGCGCAGAGGGCGCCGCCAUCUUUCUUCCCUCGGCGGAUAAACGUGCCUGCCGCUAUGCCCCCUCCCAUCAGACGCGCCGGGGUGGGCGUGGCCGUUACAUCAUAGAGCCGGGCCAGUCCUUGGAGGUCCGAAGUCCCGUAGCGCUCCCAGGUCCUCGCGGGAGUCGCCGGCCGGGGAGGACCCGAGUCCCUAGGUACCGCGAGGAAGGGCACACGGAGAGGGGUGGCUUUGGAAGUGAGUGGCCUUUCGUCGCUGCCAGCAGCGUCUGUAGCGGUUCGGGUUCAGCUCUUACAAAUAAAGCUUCUAUGAACACUCAUGUUCAAGUCUAUGUUUAUAUCUUUUUCUUUCUCUUGGGUAAAUCUCUAGGAGUUGAAUGGCUAAAUCAUAGGGAAUCACUGACACUGGAGGACGUGGCCGUGGACUUCACCUGGGAGGAGUGGCAGCUCCUGGGCCCCGCCCAGAAGGACCUGUACCGGGACGUGAUGUUGGAGAACUACAGCAACCUGGUGUCAGUGGGGGGUCAGGCUACCAAACCAGAUGCAUUGUCCAAGCUGGAAACCAGAGGUGAACCAUCGAUAACAGGGGAUGAAAUCUGGGAUAGAACCCAUCUGGGAUUCGGGGAGUUUGAUAGUCACCUGCAAGAGCUCUCUCAAAACCGGAGGUUUCUGAAGAGCGCACAACAGUACGGGGAGCAGAGUGCGUUUAGACAUACUGUUCAUCCGAGCAAAAUACAUUUUGCCAUAACGCAAAAUCACGUGUUUGACUUAUGUAGAAAAGCUUUGAACUCGAGUUUGAGUUUAGUGAACGAGAAGAGAAGAUGUGAAAUAAGGAAGGCUGUUGAGUUUAAUGGAGAAGAGAAAUCUUUUCUGCACGGUAAUCAUGAACAUUUGUAUUCUGGAAUUGAAUUCCCUGAAAGCACAAAACAUGGCAGCACUGAAGUCCAAGACUUUAAGCAUCAGAGGACUCAUAGAAUAGAGAAACCCCACGCGUGCAUCGAAGGUGGGAAAGCCUGCAUCAGGACGUCUCCGCUCAUUUACCCUGAGAGCGGUCGUAGAGGAGAGAAACCCAAUGGGUGUGAUCCACGUGGAAAACUCGUCUUCAGAAAUGUCAUGUUUGCUAAACAUCCGAAAACUCAUACACAAGACAAAGUCUGUAUCAUCAGUGAAUACAGAAAAGGCUCUAACGGGAAGGGCAGUCUCACUUUGCCUCAGCAAACCCAAACGGCAGAGAAAUCCUACACGUGCAGUGAGUGUGGAAAAGGCUUCACCAUGAAGCGCUAUCUGAUUGCACACCAGCGAACUCAUAGUGGAGAGAAACCUUAUGUGUGCAGCGAAUGUGGAAAAGGCUUCACAGUGAAGAGUAACCUCAUUGUGCAUCAGCGAACUCAUACGGGGGAGAAACCCUAUAUAUGUACUGAAUGUGGAAAAGGCUUCACCAUGAAGCGCUAUCUUGUUGUCCAUCAGCGAACUCAUACUGGAGAGAAACCCUAUAUAUGCAAUGAAUGUGGAAAAGGCUUCACAGUGAAGAGUAACCUCAUCGUACAUCAGCGAUCUCAUACUGGGGAAAAAUCUUACAUGUGCGGCGAAUGUGGAAAAGGCUUCACCACAAAGCGCACCCUCAUUAUACAUCAGCGAACUCACACGGGAGAGAAAUCUUACUUAUGUAAUGAAUGUGGAAAAGGCUUCACCACAAAGCGCACCCUCAUGAUACAUCAGCGGACUCACACGGGAGAGAAACCCUAUGAAUGCAGUGAGUGUGGGAAAGCCUUCAGCCAGAAGAUAUGCCUCAUACAACAUGAGCGGUGUCAUACCGGAAAGACUCCCUUUGUGUGUACUGAGUGUGGAAAAUCCUAUUCUCACAAAUACGGUCUCAUUACCCAUCAGAGAAUUCACACGGGAGAGAAACCCUAUGAGUGCCGUGAAUGUGGAAAAGCCUUCACCACAAAGUCAGUACUUAACGUCCAUCAAAGGACUCAUACAGGAGAGAGACCCUAUGGAUGCAGCGAUUGUGAGAAAGCCUUCUCCCACUUGUCAAACCUUGUUAAACAUAAGAAAAUGCACACAAGAGAAAUGGGUAGAUUCAGUCAAGUUGGAAAUCCUUUUAACGCAGAAUCACAGCUCAUUACUUAUGAGUGAAUUCCUGAAUCCCUAUGAAUGUGAUGACUAUGAAAAUGCCUUCUUUGGCAACCAAGACUUCAUUAAACAUCAGUGUUUCCAGCAGAUUGGAAUGUAAUCAUGGUACUGCCGGUUUUCGGAUACGUGCCCUGAGAAGGUUAAAGAACUUGUCCAGGAGGUAAAUCUGGUGGCUGCGGUGAAUGUGUUGUCGUGCCUUCAGUCAUCCUUACCUCAUAUUUUCUGUCAGUGAAAACAUGUUGAGAAAACUCUGAUACAUUCAAUGUGGAGAUACCUUGGGCAAAACUUUCUAGUUUCGUUAUAUUCUGAAAAGUAUACACUCAGGCAAAUUCUGUGUAGGCAGAGACUAGGAGGGCCUUCAGGGGGAAGGUAGACUUUAUUAUCAGGGAUCAUCAUAAAGCAUCAGUGAGCUUAUUGUUCAUAGAAAUACGAUU